UCUGGUAAGAAUGGGAGACAGAGGCAAUUUUCUUCAAAAGGUGAUAACAUUUUUUAAAAUUUUUAUUGAAGCUAAAGAAUUACCAGAUGACAAAUUGCUUUUCACUUACAAUGGGUUGCUAUACCCCAGAAUAAUAUGUAGUCCGGCAACAUUUCAGGCAAUGACGUCUUUUGAGGCCAGAGAGGAUGAUCUACUGAUGGUAGCUUAUCCAAAAUGUGGAAGUAAUUGGACUUUGCAACUAUUAGGCGACAUGGUAAAAUGUGUUUACUAUAAAGACAUGCCACCAACGAUUCCAUUGAUAGAAGUAGGAGCUCCAGACAAAUUUGAGAAACUAAAAGAGGAAUCCUCACCCAGAAUCUUGUCAACACAUUUUCCAUAUGAUAACAUACCAAAAACAUUUUUUGAAAAGAAAGUAAAGAUUCUAGUGGUUUUUCGUAAUCCUAAAGAUACGGCUGUGUCACUUUUCCAUUUUUAUAAUAACAACCCUGUGCUCCCUAAAUGUAGUUCAUGGGAUAAAUUUUUCCAAGACUUCAUGACUGGCAAAGUUGUAGGGGGAUCCUAUUUUGAUCAUGCGGUUGAAUGGAACAAACAUAUUGAUGAUGAAAGAAUUUUUAUUGUCACAUUUGAAGAAAUGAAGAAGGAUUUGGAAGCUGCAGUGAAGAAGAUUUCAGAUUUCUAUGAAUUUAAUUUGACUGAGGAGCAGAUUCAGCAAAUAGCUGAAAAAGGGACUUUCAAAUCAAUGAAAGAGAAAUCCAAAGAAACACAUGGUGAAAUUGGAAAUGCUAUCUUUAGGAAAGGUGAAGUUGGAGACUGGAAAAACCACUUCUCAGAAGCUCAGAGUCAAGAAGUUGAUGCAAAAUUUGAAGAAUGUUUAGCAGGAACAAAACUAGGAGAAAAACUGAAUUAUAAUGCGUAUUGUAAAAUGUAAAAUGCCUAUCUGUAGAUUGCACAAUAAAACAUUUUUUACUGUUUGCACUA